CGCAUAUUCGCCGUCGCGAGAACGGCAAGGUCCAAGGGUACUGGUGUGUGAGGGAUGGAGGCGUUGACAAUAGAAGUCCCAUAUGUGAAGAAUGCAGUGAGAUUUGUCGUGGAGCCGUCGCUGGCGAAGGAGAUUCAGACCACUACGAUUGCAUUGCGGAAAGCAUGCACGCUCGACAGGAUAAAGGAAGACAUCAAAGCGGGCGCGUUGUUGGAAGAAGACGAGUUUGUGGCGUGGAUCCGACAUUGCAGUGGCAUUCAGACCGACACGGCGUUUCAGUCGACACGAUCGAUGGUCGACUUGUUGUAUCACACGUUCGCCCCGUACAGCGUCGACAUGCUCGAUCUUUCGGUGGGGUUACUUGUCCUGCUUGAUGGAUCCGUGGAGGACAAGCUUCGACUGGCGCUGGAACUGUCGUUGGACGACGACGCCUUUCCCAUUCUCACGGAAGGGGCAGUCGUGCGCUGCUUCACCAACGUGCUGCUGGGUCUGACAUGUCUCUUCGCCAGCGGCGCUCUCGUCAACAACAAAGACGACAGCAAUGUUCAUUCCAUCGUGGAAGUGCUGCAGUUCAGCGCCGCGCAAACGGUGGUGGAACUCACCGACCACGAUCCGACCCUGACGUUUGACCAUGUGUGGGACUGGUACCUUCUCAUGGGAAGCGAGCACGCUCCGUACCUCAAGCUCCUGGACAUGUCGUAUUGGCGGCACCAGGAAGCUGCCGCGUCCAUGAUCCACUCGUCCAUGCCCCGCUCGACGGAUCCGUCCCAGGCGUCGUCCGUCCUGCUGUUUCCGCUGGCGCACGAAAGCCAGUCGCUGCAGAUUGGGCCGGCCCACGCCAUGGAGCUGGAGGAGCUGCUGCUGGCGUCGCGGUUCACGGUGCUGCAGCCCCAGGCCAUGUACGACACAUUUCUCCAGCACACGAUCGACGGGCGGCUGGACGAGGCCACGUUUGACGACGCAUUGAACGAGCUCACGUGCAUGGCGUGCACCAACCACCUCGUAGACGACGACAAGUUCACGGCGAGCAUGCGCAUGCUGUUUCGGCAUUUUCAGACUCGGACCGUGGACGCAUUCGAGCUGGCGGCGGGGUUUGCGCUCUUCUGCGCCGGCUCCAAGAGCGACAAGCUGGCCGCGGGGUUUCAUUUCUUUGACACGGACGACACGGGAACGCUUACCCGCGACCAGCUGUGGCGGUUCCUCCGGUCGUCGCUUGUCAUCAUGGUCGGACUCGUGCCGCCGACAUUGUCGAGCAGCAGCAGCGUGCUGGACGAGAUCGACGCCGCCGCCGUCGAGAUCAUGCAGCACGUGGACGACGCCACGUACUCGUUUGACGAGUUUGGACAUUGGUACAACGACGGCGGGUUCCACACCAUGAGUUGGCUCGAGCUGCUCGACUUGAAAAAGUGGUCGUUUGUCUGGCCUGGGUUUUCGCAUUUUGCCGACGAGCAGCAUCAACAGCCGGCCGUGUCGGCGUCGGCGUACUACACGGCCAAGAACAUUCGCGCGACGCCCUAUGACGAUCGACAAGUCGACUCGGACGAUGCAUCGCUUACGUUUGCCAGUCACAACGAAGAUGAUAACGGUACUGUGUCGGGUACGAGAUCUCGACAACGGUAUGCUACAAGUACAUGUCAGUUGGACUCGAUUCCACCCGUGUGUUUCAAGAACGAAGUCGUGCUCGAGUUUGAAUUGCCGUUGCAAACGACGUCCAACGACACCGAUGCCGUCGACGACGUUCCGGCCCCCCUCGACAGCCUCUGCUUUGAUAAUGGCGACUUGCUGCGUUACAUGCGUCUGCAGCACUGUACGGCGCUGCACGACGUGGACUUCCGGGCGGCAUUUUGCAUGUUUGAGUCGUACUUUAGCAAAGAAGGAGAAGAAGAAGGAGGGGGGGGAAGGGGGGGGGGAAGGAGGCACCCGUCGCUGGACAAGUCCGAUUUUGACUUGUGUGUGGGCCAACUCUUGGCGGGUCUCCGUGUACCAACAUCAGUCACGUCGACAUCACCGCCGCCAAAUCACGUGCAGCUGCGCUCGAACGAAUUGGCACGACACGACGACGACCAGCAUCACAUGUCUCAUCCCGACGACGACCAAACACGACAAGAAGCCCUGGACAUGCUGGAAGCGCUCUUCUUUGCGUACAACCGGACGGGCACGGGCGAGAUUGACGCCACCGAGUUCGUCUCGGGGUUCGUCGUGCUCUGCGCCGGUUCGAAAAGCGACAAGCUGUCGUUUUGCUUCGGCUUGUUUGACGAAGACGGCGACGGGUGCCUCACGCGCCGGGACAUGUGGAAAUUCCUCCGGUCGUUUCUGACCAUGUUGCUCGCAUUGGGCAAUGGCGCCGACAGCUGCGCGGAAACCAUCGGCGCCGUGUGCGACUCGGCGUGCAUUGGCAUCGUGCGGUCCCUAUUUGACGACCCCCCGACGACAUUGACGAGUGGCACCGGGCCAGCGACCAACGAUUCAAAUCCCGUUUUGAAAGUGUCCUUUGAAACGUUUGCCCAGUGGUACUCGCACCACGGGUUCCAGCUCAUCCCGUGGAUCGAACUACUCGACACGAAAAAGUGGCCAAUGGUCGACCCGACCAUCCAAUUGGCCGUGCAGACAGCGCCCUCCUCCGAGCCCCGCCGCGCCGCGCUUGUCGUCGUCCAUCAAGCCGAACACGAGACUGUCAUGUCUUUCGCUUCGAACGAGUCGUUUGAAAGUGUCAUGAGCGCGUCGACAUCGACGGCCGCCGUGGCCCCUCCUCCCACGACGUCAUUGUCGUCGUCGUCGGUUGUGUUUGAGUUUAAACUGACGUCGUACGACGACACGACGCUGCGCAUCCGCCUUCGCGACGUAGCCGUGGUGUACACGAUUGCAGAAAAGUUGCGGCUGAAAUCGAUCGGUGUGGACGCGCUGUACGCCUGUUUUGACCGGUUCGCCAAGGGCAAAUCGCUGACCAAGUCGGGGUUUUUGCAUGCGAUUCGCGGGUUGGCACCGAAAGGCGCCCUUUCAAGCGAAGACCAGGAGUUUCUGAGCUACCAUUUGCUGCGCAUGUUCACGUUGUACGAGUCCGAGCGCGCCACGAGUGACGAGAACGACGCCGACGCCGACAAUGAGAAUGGCGGCGGCGGGAUGGCGGUAGAUAAAUUGCACUUGAUCACCGGCAUGAGUGUGUUUUGCCACGGAUCGAAAAGCACCAAGUUGGGCGUGUUGUUCUCGCUCGUCGAGGACGGCGGCCACGUGUCGCGUCGAGCGCUGUUUGAGCUGUUUCGGAGCAUUCUGUCCGUCUUGUUUUCAUUUUCGCUGGGCGAUGGCAGCACCAUUAGCAGCACCACCAGCAGCAGCUCGACCAGCAACACCAGUAGCGUUCGCGCCAACAUGUUUGCGGCCGACCGCGCCGCGGGGGCGCUCGUGUCCAAAGUGUUUUGCGACACGCAAUCCCAAGGCAGCCUGAGUCUCGACACGUUUGCUGACUGGUAUACAUCCCAUGGAGGGUACGCCAUGUGUCCGUGGCUGGAGCUGCUGGACUUGUCGAAAUGGCCAUCGAAGCGGGCGAUGGAGGCGGCGACGAGGGAGAAGCCGCUCGCGUAUGCGUUCGACAUGCACAACGAGGGCGGACUGCUGCAGUACACUGAGAAGGACAUUGCCACGUACUUGGCGGUGCUAGAAGCGACGCAGUUCCCCCAGUUGUCGGUGCAUGUGAUCCACGACGCCAUCUUCCUCGCGAGCUUGGACGGAGCCGUGGUGACGCGGUCGAGUUUUUACAGCUGCAUCCGCAAACUCAUUCCGCGCACCAACGUGGACGUCCAUGGGCAGCAGGUGGCGUCGCGGACGCUGGCGCGGCUGUUCUCAGCGUACGACCGCAAAAAAGUAGGCAAAGUGAACGCGCUCGAGCUCGCGUGCGGCAUGAGUCUGCUGGGCCGCGGCUCCAAAUCCCAGAAGCUCUCGACCGCGUUCGAGUUGAUUGUCCAGUUGAGCCAACACACGUCUUCCAAUUGGCGGACGCACACGACGACCCGGUCGCCGUCUAUCCCGCAUGCGAUGCUGUUUUUGUACCUGCGGUCGUUUUUGAUUGGACUGAUGGUGCUCUGCGACGCGCGGUACCGACGGGGCAUCGAGCUCAUGUACAUUGAAGCCGACGAAUUGGUGGGCGACGUGACCACGAAACUCCUCCAUGAGAUUUCCACGGCGGCGCAUAAAAGCCGCCACCGCAUUUCGUUCGAACAGUUUGGCGAGUGGUACAACUCGGGGGGGUAUGAGAUGCUGUCGUGGGUCGAACUCUUGGACGUGUCUAAGUGGGAGCAGCAGCAGUCGCCGCCGCCGCUGCCCGAAGACGGGGGGGGCGCCAACGACACUGACGUCACGGGGCUUCUUGUUCCUGUCACCGGUUCACCACCAUCGCCCCAGGUCGUGCUCGAGUACAAAGUGGCGUCCUCGGUGUUAGUGUUUACCCAGACCCAUGUGGAUGCGCUCAGAGAAUGCCUCGCACACGUUGAGCUGCACUUGUACUCGCCCCUCCAGCUCAUCACGGUGCUCAAGACGUUUGUCCAGAAGCGCCAGGCGCCGUCAACCGACCUCCUGUCGCCCACCGUGAAGGUAGAGCUCACCAGGAUGCAAUGCCAGCGCAGUGUGCUGCAGCUGUGCCCAACACAUGCGCACUGCACCAACCGCUACGUCGGCUCGUUUGUCAGCCAUUUGGUAGCAGUGUUGGCACGUUCGUCGUCGGACUACGUCCCGCUCGUGCACCUCUUGUGUGGGCUGUUGGUGUUUACCGACGGCAACUUGCUCGAGAUUUUGGUCCACGGCACGGCGUUGCUGAGCUACUACACGUUGCCGAACGCUUCGUUCUCGGAGCAACAAGGACAAUCGGACCAGCAUGUCGUUUCUUGGGCAGUGCUGCGGCAAUGCGUCGAGAUUUUCUUGAGGGCGCUGUUUGCGUGCAGCCAGUCGUUGGAUCCGACCGCAGCAGAAGACGACGAGGGGGACGCGGCUGCCCACAGGGUACACGCGUCCGCCGCUUUGGGCGCCGAGGAAACAGUCAGCUUCUUCCAGGACGUGUACGCCGACGACGCGGCGACCGUGUCGUGCGAGGCCUUUCACGAGUGGUUCGAGGCUGAAGGGGUCAAGAGCUUGCCGUGGCUGAGCCUGGUCGUGCUCGAGAAUUGGCCCCGCUCCCUCCACCUCGACCUGACCAACCGCCGGACCAAGACCCAUCACUUGUAGCUCCAAGUGUAACUCGGUUAUGCACUGUACCAUUUCAAUACUCUUGUCUAUCUACCGCAAUGCUGCUGCUGCUGCCUUGUGGGAGACCUUUCACAUCGGACCUUCCAGCCGUUGCUUUCAAUAGACAUGUAAUAUGGCGUUUUUAAUCAUAAAAUACUGCAUAAGAAAUCGUCGAGCUUACUCCCA